AUGAUUAGAGUUAAAAGAAAAUAAUAAAGCUAGGGGGAAAAUCAAUAUACCUCCCAUAAGAUUGAUGGUCAUAAUGAAAGUAAUAUUGCUAAAGAAAAUAAAUCGAGAAUAAACAAGAAUCUUGAGGAAUCAGAUAAUUUUGAAAGCAAGGAGUAUGUACAUGAUAAAAAUUAUAAUAAUUGUAGUUAGCUAUAAGCAAAUUAACUUAUUAAUAAUUCCAAUGAGUAACAUAUUUUUCACUGCUAGGUACUAACAUAGCAACCAUCAUACAAGUAAAUUUUCUCAAUCAUUAAGGAAAAAAGUAUCGGUACUAAGAAUGCCGAUUUGAAUAAGGAAUCAAAUUAAAAGUCAGAUUUAAAGUUAGAAAUACUCAAAUACUCAGAUAUUUCGAAUAAGUUCAAAGGAAAAAUGGAAAUUAAAUCAGAGAUUUUAAACUUUGAUUCUAAUAGAAUUUAACUAAAUCUUGUGAAUCAGUAAACCAUAACUGAGGUGGCAAGAUCUCUUUUUUAAAAAGUACUAAUUGAAAAUUCAAGAAUAUGA